AUGGCCAGAUUCAAGUCACUUCUCAGACUGGACAAGGCCGGCCCUAGGAUUCGCAAGUUGUUCACGCGCGACCACGGCCAGUCUGCAACUGUUGCCAAUGCUGGUACCCUUGACGCAAACCUCGAGGCUAAUGCAAACACCGUCAACGAUAGCCACACGGACGCCGCUGCCAACAAACCAGCUGAUAUCCCGGGUACCCAGAAUACCCAUACCGUUCUCCCUGGCACUCCUGACCACCCAGUUGCUGUCCCAGUUCCACCCAAGGUGACUGAAUCCGGAGAACUUGAGAAUACAUUGACCCAAGCGACGGACCUGCAACCUGCCCUCGAGGCUGGCACGCACGACACUAUGCGAGUCUCUGUGCCCUCCCCAAACAAAAAGUACGCCCCGCCGGGCACAAGUGCGCAUGCGAACAAGGAGAACCUGCCUAUUGGCACAGCCCCCGAGAGGCAGAGAUAUCCGAACCAUGCGCCAGUUCAUAACGUCGUGGACGCCCUCGCUUCGUCCCUCGACGGCCUUGACCUCGAGAACACGCCUAAAAUCAACAUUCUCCAAGAAACAACACCAGUAGUUACGCCCGCGGUCCCUGAGAAAGAUGAGCUAAUAGCCCCGGAGCUCAGUCCAGAAGAACUCAAGGCACUCCAGGCCGAGCAGGAUCGACAUAGCUACUUCACCGAGGAAGCGCUUGAAAUGGCUCGAUUGGCCCUCCGGACAAACGAAACACCUGUAGGGUGUGUUUUCGUACACAAGGACAAGAUCAUCGCCCGAGGCAUGAACGCUACGAAUGUGACCCGAAAUGGUACCCGUCAUGCUGAAUUUAUGGCUCUGGCCGCGCUCCUUUCGGUCCCUAGUGCGAAUCUACCCCGGACAACUUCCCUCAAGCCUAAGGUGGAGAUGAAGCCGGAAAACAUGUCGGAAGACAGCGCUUCCGCCUGCUCAGCUCCCCCCGACGAGGGCAAUGAGGAUGGCAGCAAGGGACACCUGUUUCCAUAUGGACAGAAAGAGCACCCUGAUGCCAAGGUUGACCGAUCUAUUAUCCGCGAAUGCGUGCUCUACGUGACCGUAGAGCCCUGCGUCAUGUGCGCUUCACUCCUUCGACAGCUUGGUAUUAAGAAGGUCUACUUUGGCGCAGUUAAUGACAAGUUUGGUGGCACCGGUGGCGUCUUCAGCAUCCACGCCAAUUCCCUCCCCGUUAGUAGCGAGGGGCCGUCGAUGAGCGCACACCCACAGCCACCACCCAUCCGACUCCCCGGCCGUGGGCAGAUUCUUGGAACCUCUUUUCCUCCUAGUGGUGGAGAUGGAGGCAACGUUGAGCCUGGCUAUGAGAUCGAAGGAGGCUGGGGCCGCGAUGAUGCCGUGGGGCUUUUGCGAAAGUUUUACGUCCAGGAGAAUGGACGAGCACCCGUGCCACGCAAAAAGGAGGGCCGCGCAGCCCGCCUUGCUGCGCUCGAGAACAAUGAAAACGACGACGAGAACGACGAUGCGUCCGAGGGCAUAGAACGUAUAGACACUGGGUUUCAGCCGAGGGACGACCCCGAAAUGAUCUUGAACAAUGGCGUUGACGAGCCAGACCAAGCUGAGGAGGGGCCUUUGGCUGCAGAGUCCGAGACAAGGCUGCUGGACAUCUAG